AUGCAAAGUGAUGGCUGGAGAAUCAUUCAAAAGAAAAUUGAAAAAUUUGUUCGCAAGACUGUUGUGGCUGAGGGGCUGGAGUCAGGUCAGCCUUCUUCUUCUCCGAAUCAUGUUUCAAACAAAGAGUUGAGAGAAUUAAUAGGUGGAGAGUGGAUGAAAUAUUUUGAAUUGAUUUUGGAUCCUAAAAAAGUAUUACAAUUCAUGGUAUUAAAAUCCACAAUGAUGAAUGUAAUGAAUGGAAAAAGACAAGCAUCAUCGGAAGAGGAAAAUUUGUUAAUGUUAGAAUUUUUGAAUGAGUUUUUACAACUUUGUGUCAAGUAUGAGUUUGAGAGAAGGAUAAAAUUUCUGGCAUCUAAAUUCGAUCCAUUUAUUGAGAAUGAGCAAUGGAAUAAUAGUAAUAACAUUGAAAAACAAGAGACGAUGAAUGAGAAAUUGGCAGAUUUAUGCAUUGCAACACUCAUCCAUGACUCAUCUCAGUUUACAAGUUUAAAUUUCAUGUUAGAUGACUCUGCCUAUCUAUUAACUAUUUAUACUGAAUUCAUUUCUUUACUUUCUGUAAAUAAGCAUGACAUUGUACUUCCCGUCAAUUGUCAUGACGCUUUUCAAAAUCUGCUUCGACUGAAUGAAACUUGUGGCAGUUCGGAAAUAGAGUAUUACAUUUCUAAAGUACGAAAAUAUUUUGAUGAUGAAAUACUACCAGCCGAGAAUUCACAUUUUACAAUAUUAGAAAUUGCCAAGCUGAAACUGGAAUGGAGCGAAAUGUGUGACAAAAAGACAAGUCAACAACGAAAGGUGAAAUAUCUCAAAGACGUGGUAUUUUCCCAACAUCAGAUGCUUGAUACGCGUUUUGUAACGCUCUUUUCGUCGUUCUUGGAACGAUUUACUUCUUUGAAAAGAAGACAACAUUCUGUUAAAAUUGAAUUCAGAGAUUUCGAACACAAACUAUUGAUAUUUUCAUAUUGUCACAUGAUUUAUGGAACAAGUAUACCGUGUCAUAUGGAUACAGCUGCCAAUCCUACCGAUAAAAAAGGUAUUUCAACAAUUGCUACAGAUGAGAAUUCGUCUCAACAUGCUGACUCUCUCACAGAAUUUCUUGCACAAAAGAGACAAAAUUCGCUGAAAGAGCUUUCUAAUAUUGAACAAAUGGUGAAUCACUCAUUUUUAGAAUUCAAACAAAUCCAUCCUCGAUCUUCUGCUUCCUUGGAGCAAACAUUCACUUCCUAUGCGAAUGAACCACUUCGAUACGAAAAGAUGAAUGAAGCCAUUUCGAAGCAACUUUCAAAACAACUCACUGAAGACAUGAGAAGAAUGCAAAGUGCUUUUGAUUGUGACCCAAUGUUAAAAUAUAUGUUUGGAACUCCAUCACAGCAACCAUUUAUGAAAACAGAAAAUUCAAUGCAUUCACUUUCUCUGACUAGGGAUACUCGGGGAGAUAUGUGUUUGAUACUUGACGAUUGUCACGAGAUUAGCGAAAGGAGUAAUUACAACAUGUUGACCUUUGCUGAAACAGAACUUGAAGAGCGAAAAGACUCUUUUUCUCUUGAUAUGUUAACUCAUUGGAGAAAUGAAAUAAUUAGCGCCUCUGAAGAGCCUGUGAGCAAUCAUGAAGGAAAGAACGACGCUAUACACCUCAAUGACAUGGCACUAUUAUGUUCAUCUCUUGUUCCAGAGCUUUUUCAUUGCCCGUUUAAAAUUAGAGAAGGUGAUGGAGGAGAGUCAAAAAACAAACACACAACUUUGGAUUACUUGAUUGCAACGUUUACCUCGCAAGCCAACGUAUCAUUGGCACAUCUUAAAAAAUUAUAUUCAGAAUAUUCACAAGAAUUUGUGGAAACACAAACAGUACCUAUUUUACCACUGGAUUUUGUCAUUCAGCGUUAUGACAAAGUAUAUUAUAUGUUGAGGACACGCAGAGAUUGUGCAGAAAGAUUAUGUGAAUUGUUUGAAGUUGUUUCUGAAAAUCUCAACUCUUCUGCAAAUUGGUUGGAUGACUAUGCUGAAGAAUAUAGAUGUAUGUUCCAAAUUGGAGAAGAUAUUCGACAUAGGAAGCAUACAUCCACUAUUUCCUUUAACUCUUUCAACAUGUUACGAUACUUGAAUGAUCGUGGUAUCUCUUCAACAGAAUUUACUUCAAGCGAUCCCAUUGAAAUGCUGACAUCGUUUUUGAACGAUGUAUGCUCACCACUAGAAACUAUAGAGAAAGAUGAAAUUUUGAAAUGCAUGACAGAACUGUUAUCAAGCUUGAAAGAGGAAUUAUUUCUAAAUCUCGAAAAUAUUGGUCAAAUGCUUGGACAUCUUAAUGACUUCAUCAUGCAAAGUCUGAAUACUACCGUGUUAUUAGCAAGGAAAAAUUUAGAAAAUUCCAUAAGCUUAAUGCUCAUGUUGUCGAUUCUUUCCAAGACGGGCUCUAAAUUUUUCACAAACUAUAGAACAGUGGCAAUGCAGAAAGCUCAGUACUUUUUGUCAAAGUUAUUGGAAAUGCUGACAGUAGAGAUACAUGACCGUUUUUCACAUACAAAUCUAUUUUAUCUGUUAAGAAAAAUUCAAAUUCUAUCAAUCACUCAUUCAUGCCUGUUUGAUAUCAGAAAUUCCAUAUUUGUGCAGUAUUGUCAUCAAAGAAACGAUUAUUUGCAAGCCAUGAAAUUUAUAACAGAACAUUUCAGAAUCCAACCACUAUCUGUCAUGUUGAAAAAUUAUCCCCAACUCUCUGCGUGUGCUCUCAAUAUUGGUCAGCAUUCAAAACUAUUAGUGGAUCGAAAAUUAAGACUUUUCAUGAAUUAUCACUUUCUGAUUCCUGAAUUUAAUCGAUAUGGCUUGAACAAGCUGUUGUCAAGCCAGAUCCUAGUUCCAAAGAGUGAUAUUUUCAAUUGGAUUGAGAAGAGUAUUGAACGAGAAUCACUUUUAUCCUCACUGACACAAAUUCCUAAAAUUGUAUUUCCGCUUCAUGUGAAUCCCAAUGAAACACUCGAUGAACGUGCCAUUCAAGAGCAUUACACUCUUUUUGAGAAGCAAGUGAAAGAUAUCAUUGCUUUGAAUCAAGAAAUUAUAGAAUUGGAAACGAAAGGCACUUACGAAAAUAAUGAUGAAACUCACAAACAACUCGCCCCAACGACAUUGCAAGACCUUAAUACUGGUCAGCCACAAGCAAUGAUUAAUUUUGAAGAUGUUCUGGAAGAUUUAUCAAACGUGUGUGAAGUUUUUAUUUUCCCAUCCUCUGAUUCCGAGUUUUUAACCAACGAUCCAGAAAAGAUCAAACGCAUGUUGUUGGACUCUCUUCCAAUCAUACUCUUCGAUAUAUUGCAUUCCUUUCCUGAUUCGAUCAAUCAAUGGACUUCUUUCAUCGUUCAGCAAUUACUGAGCUAUCUCAAAUCACCUGAAUGUACCAUGUAUUUGUCAAGAUUUUUCAAGAAUUUUGUGAAAAAUCCAACUCUUGAAACUACUACUUGGAUGAAUGUUGAAAUAUCCACAUUAUUGGCGACCUAUUGCUGCAGAUAUGUAUUCAAAACCAUACAAGAGAUUGCCAUGAAACUGUGUGAACAUGUAUUUGAGAUGUGUCUUGUUGUGGAAGCAUCCUUAUUUUCUCAAUAUAGAUUCUCUACCAAAUGGAAUGUCAAUCAUGGCACCAUUCAAAGUACCAUUGCGAAUAGUUGUAACAACAUUAAGGAGUUAUUGAAUUCAGCAACAAUGAAUGGUGAAAAUCAAGCAGGAACUUGUGUUUGGAAUCAUUUGAAAGAACAACAACAUUUCAAAGAAGAAAAAAAAAUGUCACAACUAUUGAACCUAUUUGCCAUUACUGAAAAAGAACCACUUUUUCAGUUAUUAAGCAGUGCUGUGGAUCAUCUCUGUGUUCAUAUCAUUGAAGAUCGAUUAUUGAAUUAUCAUUUGAAAGUUUCAAUUCCUUCAAAAACACUGAAUCCAAAUGAUUUUUCACUGACCGAUCGAUCCAUACCUCUUGUGAAAACUCUCGAACUUGUUGGAUUACAACAUUCAAAGAAAUUGCUUUCAGCACUCGAUGAAUGUAAACAACUUGCAUUCUUUGAAUUGGAUUUUGAAGAAUAUGCUGACAUUCUUCAAGAAGUCAUUCAAAUGGCUCAACCUCACUCUCAGAGUAAGAACAUGAAGAAAAUCUCUAAUAACAAGACAGAGACUGAAACAACAAGACAUUUCGAUGAAAAUACUACUACACAACAACAACACAUUCUUCUCUAUUUACAUCAAGUCAUGCUCGUGUUAGGAAAUUAUCCCUUUCACAAAUUAUUAAGAACAACGCAAAUUGGAGAACACAAUUCUCUUCCCUAUCUACAUCCUAUUAUGCAUUCUACAGUGUUGUCAACGAUUGCAUCAAAUCCACUCGUGGAAAUGGGUGUGAAAAAAUUGAAUUCUUUUCACAAAUUAAGACUUGGAAAAUUAAUGGAUGAUUUAGUGAGAAAGUGUCAUUUGGCACAAUGUGAAGCACAGACACAAUUUAUGGAGCAAAUGAAGAAGGAUUUAUUGGAAUCAAGUCAUGAAAUGGUAAAUGUGAAGAAUGAAGUGGAUCAAGUGAAUCGAUCCCUUUUGGAAAGAUUGUUAAAGUAUACAUCGUCAACCAUGAAGAAAUGUAGAGAUUCUAUUGUUCCAUAA